AUGGAUAGGCCACAGACUGUUGUUAAAAUCCCUUCUGCAGAUGAUGCGAGCGAUAAAACUCUGACUAGUACCCUCGCCAACAUCGUCAACACAUCUUACAAGAUAGCGGAAAGCGAUAUCUUUGUUCCUUCAUACCAACGCACGUCAGAGACAGAGAUCGCACAAUUCAUUCGAAACGGCCAACUUGCCGUCGCAUACCUCGUCUCUAGCAAUGAACCUAUCGGAUGUGUCUUCAUUAAAUUACUCACACCCACUCUUGGGGACUUUGGGAUGCUUGCGCUGGAUACCAAAUAUCAAGGCACUGGUCUUGGACGUCAGCUGACUGUCUUCGCCGAGGACGAGUGCCGACGACGGGGUUGCACAACUAUGCAGCUUGAAAUCCUAGUUCCGUCAACAUUUCAUCACGAGGGAAAGGCAAGGUUAUUGGGUUGGUACGGCAGAAUGGGAUAUAAACUUGUGAAGUUGGGAAACUUUGGGGACGAUUACCCUGAUCUGUUCAACUUGUUAGCUGGACCAACGGAAUAUAGAGUUUGCGAAAAGAGUCUUGUCUGA